AUGACGGUAUCUCGGCUCGCGACGGGUUUCAACGAGAUGGCGCAGUGGGACAUCCUCUACAUCGGCGAACAGAUGGUGGCACACAUGAUCGAUGAGGCGACCCGCUGGACGGUGCUGCACAUCCUGGAACGCAAGACAGCGAUCAUGAUUAUCGCCGGCAUCACUCAGGGAUGGCUACGUCCUCAUGGCCCCAUGAAGCUGCUGAUUGCCGACAUCGAGGGCGGUCUCCAUGGAGAGGAGGCGUACCAGUGGCUGGACCGCUGGGGCAUUGAGAUGAAGGCCAAGGAGGAGGGCUCGCACGCGCAGCUGGUGGAGCGUCAUCACGACCUAGUGCGCAAGAUCAUACACCGCGUGCAGGCCCAGCUUGCGGAAGAAGGCAUUGUGAUGCCGUUGGAGAUCGUGAUCAUGGAGUGUGCCCUCAUCAAGAACCUUCUCAUCACCGUGGCCGGCUACAGCCCGUACCAGGCGGUGUACGGCCGACUUCCGCCCCUGCUCGCCGAGUUCGAGCCGGUGAGCGACUGCCAGAUCGACGAUCAAUCGGCUGGCAUUCCAGGAAUCUCCCGACACCAUCAUCGGCUCCGUGAAGUUGCAAUGCAAGCCAUGGUGGAGAUGACCGCGAAGGACAGGCUGAGGCGCGCACUUCGAUCCAAGACGCGUGCCCCGCACGAGGCGCUGCAGUUGGCGGUCGGCGACCAGGUUGACUUCCACCGGCCGCCGAGCACGAAGGAGGAGUCGGGGUGGCGCGGCCCGGCUACCUUGCUGCAGGUCGGACCUCCAGUGCUCAUUCGAUGGCAGGGCCGAGUAUUUCAAGUGCGACCUCAGGACCUUCGGCGAAGCCUCGUCUACUUCGUGAUGUUCACGAACAACAUCUUCUUUGAGGCAGGAUCGCUCGACCCGGUGGCCACCCUCAUGAGCUACGCGGACCAGCUGGACAGCAAGGUCGUGCGCGUCGGGUGGCUCUUCGACGCCGGGUGGAAGCGGACCGCGGACAGCCAGAAGCUCAGCGAGUUGGUCCUGGCGGUGUUGCACGUUGCCGCCAGUGGCUUCUACCUGGUGGGGUGCAUCGGCGCGCGAGUGGGUAACGGCGUGUCUGUGCUCGAGGGCAUGGUCGGAUGCGACCACAGCUUCCUGUGGUGGUGGCGGCGCGGACGCCCAGAGCUGUCCUGGUACCACGAGGCGUCUGGAUCUGCUCGACUGAAGUUGGCCCCGAUAUUUGGCAAGGAUCACUGGCGGGACGUCAGCUUCGUGCAGUUCAUCAUGACGGACGACGAGUCUGCGGAGGAGCGCGAGAGAGAUCGCGAUCACGUGAUGGCCCAGAUCGUGAUCAUGGAGCCCGAGGUGCAGGAUGAGGGGGGCAAAGACGACGACGGCGACUCGGACAGCGACGCGACCCAGGAGUACCUGUUCGCGAGCUGGCAGCACCUGAAGGAGCAGGCAGCUCUGCCUGCUGUUGACAUCGAGUGCGCUCAGAGCGACUUCUUCUUUGCAGCCCCGGACGCAGAUCAUGUGGCAGAAGCAGCAGAGGAUGAUUCUUCGAAUUCCCGACCCGACUGCGUCGAGAUCGGCAUAGGUGCGCCACUCAUGUACUGGGUGCACCCUGAGGUGGAGCACAUGCGACGACCUGGGUCAGGGGAGAUCUACAUCCUGCGCGUCUACAACACGGGCAAGCGCGAGAUUGUCGUCGAGCGCGAGAUGAAUGUGCUCACGCUGGAGGAGGCCCGAGCUCACGAAGUUGAAGUACGGCAGGCCAUGAAGGACGAGCUCCAGCGCUGGGCGGAGUUGAAGGCAUUCCAGCGUUUCCCGAAGGAUCAGGCGACCAACAUCAUCGACUCCCGCUGGGUGCUCAAGUGGAAGGAGAUCGACGGCAAGAAGCAAGUGCGCGCGAGGCUCACGGUGAGAGGCUUCAAGGACAUGCAGUCACCGGAGCUGUCCACCUUUGCGGGUACUUCGACACGAUGGGGACAACGACUGGUGAAUCAGGUGACUGCACAGCGCAAGUGGCGAUUAUUCUCAGCGGACAUCAGCCAGGCGUUCUUGCGCGGGCUCACCUUCGAGCAGGUCGCCGCCAUGGGCGGCGAGGUCAAGCGGAAGGCACAGUUCACGAUGCCGCCAGGAUCGAUUCCAGUCCUCCGGCAGCUGGAGGGCUACGAGGACUACAACCCUGUGACAGAGGUGUUGUUGCUCCUGCGCUGCGGCUUCGGUCUGAAGGACGCGCCGAGGCUGUGGCAGGUCAUGUUGAAGCAAGUGCUGGAGAAGACAGGAGGCAAGGCGCUCAUCAGCGACCCGCAGAUCUACGUGUACCACGACGCGAAGGGUGAGCUGCAGAUGAUCAUGUCCUCGCACGUGGACGACCUCAAGGGCGGCGGCGAGGACUACCUGCGGGAGAAGGUACUGAGCAUGAUCGAGAGCGAGUUCGGGAAGCUGAAGCGCCAGUACGACUGCUUUGAGUGCAUCGGCAUCAUGCAAGAGCAGGACGCUGUGACCAAGGCCAUCUGGACGCAUCAGCAGCACUACGUUCAGCAGCUGCGACCGCUCCAGGAAGACCAGUAUGUGAUGGAGAAUGAAGAUGGCCAGGUGAGCGUGGAGACCCACGCGGCGUACAUGUCGCUGCUCGGGGGAAUCGCAUGGAUGACGCAGACGAUGGCGCCCAUUGCAGUGUGCGUCAGCUACCUCCAGCGGCAGGCCAAGAAGCCGUCAGUCGGAGACAUCCGGAAGAUCAACCGGCUGCUGAAAUGGAUCAUGGUGAACGCGAAGCAGCUCGGAGUUCGGUUCAUCGAGUUGGACAUGACCCGAGUGCGGCUGGCCGUCGUCAGCGACUCAGCCUUCCACGCCAUGGAGUUCGAAGGCUUGGCGAUCCGAGGCUGUGUGAUCAUGUUGCUAGAGGCUGACGCCGAGGUGCUUCAAACCGGAUCGACGUACAGAAUUGUGAUGCUUGACUGGUACAGCAGAAAGCAGAACAACGUAGUGAGGUCCACCUACGCCGCCGAGCUGAUGGCGUUGUUGGACGCACUUGGCACCGGCACCCUCAUGAACGUGGCAUUGACUGAGAUCAGUAAAGGAGUGUGCACAGCGAAUGAGAUGCGAGUGCGGCAGGAGGCCGGCGACCUAGUGUUGAAGAUGAUCGCGGCCAUCGACGCGAAGGCAGUGUUUGACGCCGUCUCCGCCGCCACCAUCAAGGUGACCACGGACAAGCGCAUGUUUGUGCCGACGCUCGCGGUGCGUGAGCAGAUCGACCGCCUCCAGCUGUCCCAGCUCAGCUGGAUCGACGCGGUGGACAUGCUGGCGGACGGGCUGACGAAGGGCGAGCUCGACCGGACGGCCCUCGUGAAGCUGGGCUUCAGCAACGAGUGGCACCUGAGCGGCCUGCAGCCAGUGGCCUUCUCGGCGCGCAGUGCGCUGGAGGGCCGCGCAGAGCGCUC